AACUCGCUGCAAAAAACAUGUCCGCUUGAGCGAAGCGCGUCGAGAGUAUUUCGAGAAAGCAACUGAAACUCUUCUCCUUCCAUCAAAAAUGCCCCACGAGGCAUAAGUGCAGUGGGUUAAGAUUCCAUCUACCAUUCAAAGGCACUUUGAMAGAAAUCGGGCAAAAAUCUGAGAAGUAUUGUCCCGUUGAAGUUCAUCGAGUGAAUGGUCUUUGUGGAUCGUAGUUGGUUUGUMCCUAUGAGAGAAGCGUGUGUGUGAGGUGUUUGWUCRCCUUCGAUUUUGCGGCGAUCUUCACAYAUGUCGAAUCCUGCUACUACACUUACUAGUGCGUGGAUUGAUGGUCAACCUAGCCCUGUAAAGAGUACCAAUUCUUCACCAACCAAACGAGCAUUAAGCCACGAAGGAUCUUUGUUGCAGCAAAAUUACCUUAAAUUCAGAGAAUCAGGUCUAGAAACGCUGGCAAGAGAGGCUGUUGUAAUAGAGAAUAAUGGUCAAAUAGAGCAAGCCAAGAGUUCACCUAUAAACCUACCAAAAGGGCACCCCAAUUCUGUAUCAAUGCCGGCUGGAACACCCACCAAGUUGUCGCCCCUAAUCCUUCCCAAAGCUGCUAAUACCCCAGUAUCACCCAUGAUCAUGGGUUCACCUCAAGGACAGCAGAUUAUAUCUGUUAGUAAUAGUCCUCGCACUCCUGCRGCUAUGAUUGCUGCUCCAAUAAUUACAACUCCUGCUAAUACUUGGCCAAGGGUUACCCCAGGCAGUAAUAGGAAACGAAGAGGAGAAUUUGGAGAGAACAAUGACAUAAUGGACAGUGCUGAGAGGAGGAAAAGGGGUAAACGAUUGCCCAGUYCUGGAAGGGGCCCAGUGMGUGAUAAGUCAGGGAAAGGUUUGAGGCAUUUCUCAAUGAAAGUUUGUGAAAAAGUACAGCAAAAYGGAACAACAUCUUAUAAUGAGGUUGCAGAUGAACUUGUUCGAGAGUUUAGUGACCCAGAGAAGCACAUGUCUCCAACUGAUCAGGCAUAUGACCAGAAGAACAUAAGAAGAAGAGUGUAUGAUGCACUCAAUGUCCUAAUGGCUAUGAAUAUUAUUUCCAAAGAAAAGAAAGAAAUUAGAUGGAUAGGACUGCCUACAAACUCUGCACAAGAAUGUCAACAGCUAGAGGAAGAAAAGAAGGAGAGACAAGACAGAAUUAGACAAAAGACAGCUCAACUCCAAGAGUUAAUUUUACAGCAAAUCGCUUUCAAAAACUUAGUACAAAGAAACAGAGUKAAUGAAAAACAUCAAGGUGUGCCAGCACAGAACACAACAAUUCAUCUUCCCUUUAUUAUUGUCAACACAAGCAAGAAAACUGUGAUUGACUGCAGUAUAUCAAAUGACAAGUUUGAAUAUUUGUUUAAUUUUGAUAACACAUUUGAAAUCCAUGAUGACAUUGAAGUUUUAAAACGAAUGGGGAUGGCCUUUGGUUUGGAAAAGAAAGCUUGUUCAGAAGAUAACCUGAAGCUUUCUAGAUCAAUGGUCCCUAAAGCUUUAGAGCCYUACGUAGUUGAAAUGGCCAAAUCAGGACCUGUUGGUCUAAGCUCAAACAGCAUUAGUCCUUCCUCAGUAUCUUCCAGCUCAGGAAAGUCACCACUUGUCACUGCACAGGUGCGUAUGUCUGAAAUGCCCAUGGCCAAUGCACCAUCGUCACCYCUUGCUACUCCCCUUUCACAGGGUGUGUCCCCAGUCCCAUCAGCCAACAACCAUAAAGGCACAGCAAGGUCAUCACGGACCUCGUCCAUGGCUAGUGAUGGUGUUGUUUCACACAGAACAGUGUCACCCUGCUCUUAUCCAUCUUCACCAGCUUCUGUAUCAGAAUCAGAGUCAUCUCAUGAUGGAUUUAUGGACACUGACGAACACUCAAAUCAGUAGGGUAGUGUGGGGAAAAGCAGGUCUUUGUAAUGUUUUAWUGUYAACAAAAAAAAUUGUUUUAUAUCUGUCAUUAUUACUUCGGCAAACAGGAAUCUGUACUUUAAGAUGCAGUGUGAAGCUUUGAGGCAUUACUCUUCACACUUCCUUUCMGCUAUGGUUUCCUUGGAAUUUGCUGUAUUCAGUGAAUUAAGUUGAUUAGUUCAAAUAGUUUUAACUUUGUAGGCAUCCUGUAGCCUUCUAACUUGCAUUUCAUGGUUACUCAGAAAGGAAAUGUGAAGUGGACAUUGCAUUCUGCUCCAGUUGCAAUAACACUUUUGAUUCAGCCAACCUAUAUUAUACAUGUCAGAAUUAAUUGCAUUCUUGCUCUGUAGCAACUUUGUGCUACAUUAUGAAAUUGGCCUCAUGUCAUGUGAUGAAAUAAUCAGUGUUAUCACACUUAUMGACUUUGUGUGCACAUUAUAGUUGUAAAAAUAUAGGUUAACUUGACUUUUUCAGUGUUUUAUUGCCGAGAUUCCAGUUUAAAUUACCAGCCAUGAGUGCAAUAUUCAUAAAUCAAAAAUAUUUUCUUCAUUAUUUUGUAUAUAAUUUUCAAUAACCAUCUUUUGUUUGUGUGCUUGUUCAAUGGUUUUCCUGUCAUUUUACAAGAGUGUAUAAUGUAGACUUAGAUAGGUAGAUGAAUGAUUGUCAAAGGUUGUAAAUUAUAGCAUAAAUAUUUCAAAGUUGCUUUAUUAGCUUUCCUAAAGUUAGUGCACUUCACAAUAUGGCACAAAAUAUGCUGUAAAGUUUGAAAUGCUAUAUUGUUAGUUAAGGAUAGUAGUCUUUGAGACAUAGAUAAAAGUAGUUUUAGUAUGUGGAGAUUUUGUUUUGRAAGAUUUGAUUUUAAAUGUAAAAGGUUUUGUUUUUAUUUUCUCAUAUACAUGGCAUUAGAUGAUACAAUGUACAUUAGUAUACUAUGUGUGAAUACUAAAAGAAAGUCUGAACAUUCAA